AUGAUUGCAAAAGCUUGUGAAGAAGGACUUGCUACGAAGAUAUUCACAAAUCAAUUUAAUGAUCAUGAAAAUAUACUUCAUAUUGCAUGCGAAAAAGGAGAUAUGAAACUUGUUAAGAUUUUAAUUGACUGUGAUUGCGAUCCAGAUUCAAAGAGUAGAUAUGAAAAAACUCCACUCAUGUGUGCAUCAGAAAAUGGUCAUCUUGAACUUGUUAAAUAUCUUAUAUCUGAAGGAGCUGAGAAAGACUUACAGGAUAGAGAUGAAAUGACUGCAUUCAUGUACGCAUCUAAAAAAGGUCAUUUUGAUAUAGUUCAAUACCUUUUAUCUGAAGGAGUUAAAUACGAUUUCAAAGACAAAUAUGGAAAUACUCCAUUGAUCUGUGCUGCACAAUUUGGUCACCUUGAAAUUGUGAAAUGUUUUAAAUCUAUUGGAAUUAGUAUUACAGCAGUGAACAAUAACAAAUGGACUGCACUGCAUCGUGCAUCAGAAAAAGGUCAUCUUGAAGUUGUUAAAUACCUUAUAGCUGAAGGAGCUAGUAUAUAUGCAAGGGAAUAUUUUGGAUGGACUCCACUCAUGUGCGCAGCAAGUCAUGGUCAUCUUGAUGUUGUUCAAUAUCUUGUUUCUGUUGGAUCUGAUAAAGAAGCAACAAAUAAAGAUGGAUAUACUCCACUCAUUUCUGCUGCAUUCAAUGGUCAUCUUGAAGUUGUUAAAUAUCUAAUCUCAGUUGAUGCAAAUAGCGAAGCAAAGACUAAAGAUGGAUCCAAUGCACUUAUGAAAGCAUCGGCUUAUGGUCAUCUAAAUGUUGUCCAAUAUCUUAUUUCUAUUGGAGGUAAUCUUGAAACAAAGAAUAUUAGAGGAGAGACUGCACUCUCAGUUGCAAAAGACCAAGCCAUAAUUGAUUGUUUGACUUCUGCUGGAGCCAAAUAA